UUAACGCACAAACAAAUUAUAAUUAUCAUUAUUAUAUCGUUUAUCUUUCACCCUGCACCUAAAUUUCAUAUAGUACUUAUCGCGGCAGUAAUACACGCACUCAUUCGCCGCAUCGACUUCGACACUGCAAGCGAUCCGCCAAGGAGCUGAUUCUGAAUUAAUAACGGAUAUCGUACCGCAUAUUUAAGUUUUUAGUAUAAUAACAAAAAACAUCAAUAAUAUGUUUCUGCCGUACGCCGCCGUGGCCGUGUUCGCUUUCACGGUGAUGUUCAAUCUAUCAACGCAGUUUGACAACAUAAUCUUCUCGACGUGCAAGGAAUGUCUGGAGUCGAAUUGCCACCGCGUAGAUAAGAGACCGUGCAUAACCAGAUACUGGGAGAAAUACAAUUUUACAUGUUACACUUGCGACACAAAUUUUGAUGGCAUCAAACAGCACUACACCGAAGAUGAAUGCAAGGCAGCCUGCACGGACCCGGAGAAGGUGUGCGUUUGUGAUUUUGAGUGUUACAUUUGCGUCCCAAAAGAGAUGGGCUGCUGGAAGAAUUGGACGCGAUGCAAUCAUUACCCAGUCGAGGAACCAACGUGCGUGUAAGUCCCGUACGGUGCCAGCCAGCACGCCCGCCGUGAGAUUAUAAUUAAAAUAAUAUUAUGAUAAUAAUAUAUUUUCAAUUAUGAUUUUUGUUCUUAGAAAAAAAAAUAAUACUCCAUUAUGUAAUAAUAAUAUUAUAAAGUAUAAUAUAAGAGUAUACGCAUCCGAUCAUCACCGCAGUGAAGAAUUUAUAUUAUUGUUUCCAGGGUUUUACUUCGCACAAUAUUCUCACACAAAAGGUAUAUCUCAGUCGUUCGGUACCGUUUAUCGCGAGUGGACGCUCGUUGCGUGCGUCCGUUAUCGCCUUUCACUAAUGGCAUUCUUGACCACCCAACCUUAAUAUGUUUGCUUCUAAAUCCUCUAAACGUAAUUUAUCUUCAUCGUCUAGCAAUGAUGGAGUUAAUAAAAACAAAAUUUUUGUCUCGCCGAACCGAUUUGCCUCUCUCUCCGAAGAUGCCGAUCCUCACCCGGAGGUGUUCAGUCCUCCACCUGUCACAGUCUCGCCUCAAGCAGAGGACACCUCUACACACACCUAUAUGGA